CUGUCCUCAUCAACGCGGACGACCGAUUCAAGAACGAAAAGAUGGCGCUCGCUGUUACAGACCCUUUCAACAAGUUAUCGCCGGAGCUUCGUCUCCAGGUUCUCGUAUCGACUCGCUGUAAAUCGUCGAUAUCACGCACAAUCCAAGCCUCUCCCAUUAUGCUUCAACAAUAUCUCGCGCACAAGAAGUAUAUCAUACGACAAGUGCUUGCGGCCGAAUUUGACGCGGAGAUGAUACAGGACGCCAUGGCAAUUAUCUUACUUCCAAGUCCACGAGGCUCUGGUAGGGAGCCUCUACGCAAGCGUCAAUCACAGCCUAUGCGUGCACACUUGCGGGCUUGGGCAAAUUCUCAACUGCCCGAUCCACUCAAGGGUAACAACGACCACCUGCUCAGUCAACUGAACAAAUUACAUAGUCAACUUCUUCUUCUGAUCGAGGAUUACAUCACCAAAGCCACCGCUUCCUUUCCCCGGCGGGAAUAUCUUUGUCUACCGCAGACCCAGCGGUCACUAUCUGAAGGACAUCUUAUGUUCAAAGGUCUCAAGGUAACACCACGAUUCAAUUCCGCCAGUCUCACAUUUCCAGAACGGAAAAGGUUUGUCAAAGCAUUUCUGGUGUACGAGCUAUUAUCCAUGGUUAGCAAUGUCCCUUAUGUUCCCGAUCUACGGCGGCGUCGAAUCAGCAAUGCCGAGCAUGAAGCUGUUGGUUGUGUCCACAACUAUGUCUGGUCUCUAUACGAGGCAAUAUUCGCUCAAUGCAACGAUGUUUGCCUUCCGCCCAUUUCGACGACUCCACUUGGAACUGGCCUAUUCUCUCCCAAUAUUGUUAAUUUUGACGCAGAAACCAAAGCAAGACUCAAGUGUUUGCUUGGUCGUGACAUUAAGACAGGUUUCUCAACGCUUGGGUAUGGUCGUCUCACCGAUUUUCUUCGGUACGAUAUGGCCAAACCAGGUGAGAGAGAAGCACUCAAGGUACAACUUGAACAUGUCUGGUGUUUUGAGGACCCGAUAAACUCUUUCCGAUGGGACAUGUGCCUUCAUGGCUUAUUUAAAUGGAAACGAAAAUACCAAAAUGGUUGCGAAUCAUCUAUGUACACGCAACUUUCUUUGAACCACAAAGAGAAACUCCGAUACAUGAUCGGUCAGCAGCGUGCUUGGGUGUUCUUUGAUGACAGUCGAUUUUACCCCCAAGAGAGCACUGAACGACCAGACUGCCUAUCAGCAAAGUUCUUCACGGAAGAACCUAUUGAGAACGAUGCUAUCGAAGGUUGGUAUUCCAAAAUGAGAUGGGCAAGAUUUUUGCGAUGAUCACAACAGUGGCAUGGCGAGCAGAUCCCUGCUAAUAAUUCAAACUUCAUCACGCCUGACGGUGGAAAUAUCUGUUAUGGUGAAAUCUGGUUGCCUUUGUUGAAAUGGGGGGUUAACAAGAGUGAUUGGGGACUAUCAUUGGCAUAUGAUAUUUGGGCGCUUGGGAUUUUCUGCAAUGGAAUUUGGUUCGCUUCGUUAAAUGGAGAGGUUGCUUCUAGUUGGAGUUAAGUCAAGGUCCUUUUUUAAAAAUAUUGUCUCCAAACCACAGGCUAAUGUGAAAUCGACGAGAUAUUUGCAGUAGUAAGGGAAAAGCUAAUCAGUUUAGUCUGGCUAUCUAAGGUAUUGAGCGACUAUUCGCAACUGCCCC